UUUCCAGCCUCGCCCCGGAAGUUCCUCUCAGCAGCUGUUGUAGGUUAAGCAACUGCUUCCGGAAAGGUAGAUCUGGUUUGGAGCUGCGUGACUGUGGCUGGCCGAGCAAGUUGUGUUUGAAGCUGUUGCUGGAAGCCUGUGGGAGACAGACAACCGAGAAAGCCAGGCGCCGAGGUCGGAGCUGCGCGGCAUGGCGGACGACCUAAAGCGGUUCCUGUAUAAGAAGUUACCAAGUGUUGAAGGGCUCCAUGCUAUUGUUGUAUCAGAUAGAGAUGGAGUACCUGUUAUUAAAGUGGCCAAUGACAAUGCCCCAGAGCAUGCGUUGAGGCCUGGCUUCUUGUCUACUUUUGCCCUGGCAACAGAUCAAGGGAGCAAACUGGGACUGUCAAAAAAUAAAAGCAUCAUCUGUUACUACAAUACCUACCAGGUGGUUCAGUUCAAUCGUUUACCUUUGGUGGUGAGUUUCAUAGCCAGCAGCACUGCCAAUACAGGACUGAUUGUCAGCUUAGAAAAGGAACUUGCUCCUUUAUUUGAAGAACUGGUAAAAGUUGUGGAAGUUUCUUAAUCCGACUGUGAUUUCAGUGCUCACCUUGUUCUCCGUAUAACAACACAGCAUCAAUCCAGCAAUCUGUAGAACAUGUAAUCUUUCUAUCCAGGUACUCAAGAAAGGGCCCUCUGUCCACCUCCUACUAAAGAACGAGCCUCCAGAUGGCUGCGUUUCCUUGUCUAAAAGCUCUUUCCUUGUUAAGUGAGAUCGGCGGCAACCACGGAACUAGUUCUGACUGUACAGCUCCCAUGGAGUGAGGUAGCCUGGCCUCCAGGGUAGGUGAGGUUCUACCCGUGGUUCCGAAUCACAGUGGCACGUGGUCUAUAGGUGGGUCGCCAUGCUCACUUUGUACAGUGCUCCCAGGUCUUUGCAUGGCAAGGACAAAUGAGGACAUAUUUUCUUCAAAUUAUGCUUUAUUUCUUUGGAUUGAGUGUGAUGAAGAUAAAGUGGCUUAGUAAAAGUAAUAAAAUCAGUACAAUCACUAACUUCUUUCGUAUAUGUUAUUUUGCAGUGUGGGUAAAUAUUACUAAUUGAUUAUGAUUCUUCUCAGGAUGCUGCUCUUUAAUAAAAGAAAAAUUAUUUUAUCUUACGGUUUUUUUUCCUGUUCUCCUUUGUAUAACCUAUCAGUAUUUUUAAUGUUUGUUCUUCAUAAAGUGUAAAUGAUUUGUUACUGAGUUUUCAAUAUAAGGAUAUAUGUAAACAUGAUAGUAUAGCCUUUUUUUCAUACACGAGUAUGAAUAAAGUAAUUUUUUAAAAAGA